AUGAAGAUCAGUCGACCAAUAGUCGACUAUCACGUCACCAGAACUAUGUUUGGCCAAUUGAGUGAAGCUUUAGAUGAUAGAAAUCAGCAUCCUAAAGACAGAAAUGUCCAUAUUUGGCUUACGAGGCGGAGGGGUGCCUCCCGAGGGACUUCCAGAUACUUGGGUUCGGCCAAACCGAACGUGGCCGAAUAG